GCACGCUAGGAAGCCGGCUUCCGGAGUCAGCUUUUGUCGCCGCAUCCUGGUGGCGUGGGGGCGGCGGUGGCCAUGAGGCAGAAGCACUACCUUGAGGCCGCGGCGCGGCAACUCCGAGAUAGCUGCCCGGGCCAGGCCCGCUAUCUCCUCUGGGCCUACAGUUCGUCUCACGAUGAUAAAAGUGCUUUUGAAGGAACAUGUCCAUACUGUUUCCAGUUGCUGGUUCUGGAUAACUUUCGAGUGCGCCUCAAACCCAAGCCCAAAAUGACACCCAGAAUACAGAAACUUCUUAAUCGAGAAGCAAGAAAUUAUACACUCAGUUUUAAAGAAGCAAAAAUUGUGAAAAAGUACAAAGACUCCAAAAGUGUAUUGUUGAUUACUUGUAAAACAUGCAACAGAACCGUUAAACAUCACGGUAAAAGCAGAAGCGUUCUAUCAGCUUUGAAGAGCAAUUCUACCACUCCUACAAGUAAACUCAGCCUGAAGACACCAGAGAGAAAGACUCUGAGUUCUACAAACCUGAUUCGUGAUAUGUCUGGUUCCAAAGACAAGAGCCCAGCUUUGAUUUUCAGAACACCUACAUCUGGACAGUCAACACCCACUUGCUCCGCGAAGAAUGUGAGCAAAACAAAGAAACACUUCUCUCAACUAAAAAUGUUGCUUAGUCAGAGUGAAUCCCAGAAGAAUCCAAAGGUGGACUUCAGAAGUUUCUUAUCUUCUCUGUAAAAGGUGGACUAAGGAAAUAAGAAAUGUUUAAUGCAGUUUCUGAAACUAAAGUUACUCAGAAAAACAGCUUUUUAAAAACUUCUAUUCUUUAAAUACAUGGAAACUGGGGUCCCGGAGCACACUUUUCCUGGCAUUCUUCAGUGUUUCUGGAGAAGAUCCCUCAGAGUGAAGCACUGAGGCCUGCGUGCCCACAGGGCAGCUACGAGGGUCAGAAUAUAGGAAAGGUCCUCGUAAGUAGUACAGAUAUAUAUGCAUGUUGAGUGGUUAUAUUAUUAUUUUCUCCUCUCUUAAUCAGCAUUUUCCUUAUGUCGUUUUAUUUCAUAAGAAACUGGAGACAUUUCUGGGAAAGUCUCCUCAGUCCUUUCUAGGCGUCUAUAGCCUUAUUGCUAAUUCAGAAAAAGGGUCAAGUGUGUGUGUCCUAGUUUUCCCACAAUCGUCUGCAUAACUGUCUAUUAGUAAAAUUGGAACAUUAUUCCUAUUUUGCAUGCAAAAGUAAAUACAUGGACCAUUCUUGAUUGUAGAUGAUUUAAUCAGAUACCAAAAUUUUCAUUUUUACAGCUUUCUAUUCUUCCUAUAGUAAUAUUUCACUGUUAAGUGGCAUUUAAUUUUCUCUGGUGAAGAUUUAUUUCUAGGUCUAAAAUUUACAUCAGAACAUAACACAGUAACAGUUUAGCUAUCUUAACUCUUUUCUGGAACGUAGAUAUACUUUUUUUAAAUGAUAGGCUAGGAUUUUAUUCAACUUGUUUUUUAAAAACACUUUAAAUAAAUGAUUAGAUACUUUAAACUAUAACCUGUUUCCAAGCGUCUCUGCUCCUUUAAAGUUUAGAACUUAGAUUUUUUUUCAUUAGGGCUUGGCAGACUGAAAGGCCAAGGUUAUUAACAAGAGUUGGUCUUGUAGUUGUGUGAAGUGCAAUUACACUAACGAGUGCCAGCCUCAGAGAGGGAUGGUGAGGGUCAUCAUUCGGAACUUCUUCAGACAGUUAGCCAUAGGCUGUGGGAACUGAGCCUUCCCUUUGUGUCCGCAGCAUCUAGCACAGUACUUUGGUCAUGAAAAAUACUCUCCCUUUCUGGCUAACUUCUCCCUGGAGCAUCUUGAACUCUUCUUGCUCUUCUAUUCGCUUACCCCUCUCCCUGAUCACCCAGUCAUAGUGAGCUCUUUAUAGUUCUCAGAACGUACCAUUUUCCUGCCAGCUUUGGGCCUUUGCACGUGGUUUUGGAGACUGCCCUCCACUUCAACCCCACAGCAUUAUGAGGGGCCACUCUUUUACCACAGUGCUGGUGAUCCUGUAGUUUCCUGUUUCUGCCUGUGAGCUCUUUGCAGGCCUGGGUGAUCUCAUUUCCUGUGCCCCCAGCACCUAGUUUCUUGCCCAGCACAUAGCACAAGCUCUGCAAAUAUUCCUAAGCUACUACAUUUAAAUUUGAAUUUCUUAGCCCACUUGUUCCACACUAAGUUUAGAACUAAGGUCCUUUCCAGCCACAUGACUGAGAAGUGAAUAAGAAGUAGUAAAAGUAGGAAUUCCUAGGUGGGGAGUUGUUCACCUUAUCUCAGUUGCAAAUGAAGGACAUGGAUUCUUGACUUUCUUUUCUGUGAGAGAAGGGUCUUUGGGCAUCUCUAGAGAGAAUAUUAAAAUUAUCGUGUGGACAUAAAACUCUCAGUAGAAAACAUAGGACUUUAUUACCUUGGAGUAAGCAAUGGUUUCUUAGAUAUAACACCAAAAGCACAAGCAACAAAAGAAAAAAUAGAUAAAUUAGACUUCAUCACAGUUAAAAACAUAUGUGCUUCAAAUGAGGACACCGUCAAGAAAGUGAAAAGAUAACCCACUGAAUGGGAGAAAAUAUAUGCAAAUUGUGAAUCUGUUAAGGGACCUAUAUCCAUAAUUAUAAAGAAUUCUUAAAAUUCAAUUCUAAAAAGACAAAACAUGGACAAAGAAUCUGAGCAUACAGUUCUCCAAAGAAAAUAAACAAAUGGCCAACAAGCACAUGAAAAGAUGCUCAAUAUCUAACAGUCUUCAGGGAAAUACAAAUCAAAACAAUGAGAUACCACUUCAUACCCACUAGCUUGGCUAAAAUUACAAGGAUAACAAGUGUCGGCAAGACUGUGGUAAAAUUGGAACUUUCACACAUUGCUCCUGGGAUUGUAAAAUCCGGCAACCACUUUGUAAGAGUUUGGCAGGUCCUCAAAAAGUUAAACAUAGAGUCACCAUAAAAAUGGAAACAACCCAAAUGUCCAUCAACUGUUAAAUGGAUACAUAAAACAUGAUAUACCCAUAGAGUGGAAUAUCAUUCAGCCAUAAAAGUGAAUUACUGAUACAUGCUAGAACAUGGGUGAACCUUGAAAACAGGUUAAUUAAAAGAAGCCAGAUACAAAAGGCCACAUAUCUUAUGAUUCAGUUUAUAUGGAAUAAUAAAUAAUGGGAAGAAUGAGGAGUAACUGCUAAGGAAUAUAGGGUUUUUUAGAGUGAUGAAAAUGUUCUGGAAUUAGUAGCAGUGGUUCCACGACUCUUGAAUAUACUGAAAACCACUGAAUUCUACACUUUUUUAAAAGGGUGAAUUUCAUGGGAUGUGACUUGUCUCAGUAAAGCUCUUCUUAAAAAAAUGAAAAUAAACAUUACCUAAAAAAACUAAAGUGUUGAUACUUAGGUCUGAAUGAAAAUGAUAGUCUUGUAAAGAGGCAGCAAAUGUGCAGUGCAGGUCUCCUCUCACACGUGGGCCUGGUGAGGUCUGUGCUGUGUUCCUCCCAGGCUGAGCUCUGUGAGGGCUGUAAGCCCAGACGUAACUCAGCCAGAAAGCGUUCAGUAUGCUUCUGUCUGUCCUGGGACUAAACUUACCAGUAAAUAUAAAUAGGAAUUUUUCUGAAUAAAAAUCAAUUUGCAUAUAAUACUAGUUAUUUGAAAAGAAAACCCCAAUUUUUCUUUUAAAAAAUAUUAUUACGGAGACAAUUUUUCACAGACUACUAGUUUUAAUUAAGUACAGUUUUUGUUUCCUAUUUUGAUGUUCAAAUUGUUACAUCUUGGCCAAUGAGAGCCCCUUUUAAGCUGGCUUCUUUAUUCUUUCAACCGCAUCAGAACUUUGAAAGCAUCCUUGCUUUUUCGCAAAGAAAACUUCAGGACCAUCUUCAUUCUCUCAGCCCUAAGACAUGGAAGAAGCCACUCUCCAAGAAACCCUGCUACUUUUGAACAGAAAUUAGUAGUGACACAGAAGCAGAAUGUUGGGGAUACUUUUACUGGGGAUAGUAAUGGUAUUGCUACACUAGGCCACUCCAGACGCAGAGCUGGAAAAGAUAAUUUCUUAAAAGUUCUGAGUUCUCAUAUUUAAAAUUUAACUCAACAUUACCAAAUGCCUACUUGAACGUUUUAACCCUUCAAUCAAAUAAUAGUAUCUUUUAUAAUUUGAUAAACCAUAAAAUUAUUCUUUUAAUUAAAAUUCUUAAUUCUGACUGAGAAUUACUUGUUUUGGUGGCAGUACAGCCUACUGGGUAAGAUUGUGAUCUUUGUGGUCCUGCCCUGCAGAACCUGGCUGUGCCAUUUAUUAACUGUGUAAUCUUUGGCAAAUUCUUAAUUUCUCAGAGUCUGUUUCCUUAUAUGUAAAAUGAGGAUAAUAGUACUUACCUGAUAAAGAUGCUGUGAGGACUCAAUGAAAUGGUACAUGAAAAACACCUAGAAGAGUGGAUGGCAUAUUGAAAGUCCUCAAGCAAUUUGUGCUAUUAUCAUAAUUAAUCAAAAAUAUGAAUAUCAACAUCAACAAUAAAACCACGAGAUGAAUAACAAGAUCUAGCUUUACCCUCUGUGGUGGUUGUCCUUUGAAUGCAUCUCACUAAUGAUGUAGGCAAAUUGUUUUGAAGGUAUUGAUAAAAAUUUUUCGUUGUGAUUAUAUUGACAAAGACUCUUGACCAAGCUUUAGACAGGCUUCUCUGAGCCCUUUUUUCUACCAGGCCUUGUCCUUGGGCCCUGUCUUGGGCCUGCCUAGCCCAAUUUUAGCAAGAAUCCUGCUAGGGCGGUUUAGUGAGAAUUCCCUGACCCCUGAUAUCUGAUCACCCUGGCCUGUCUUCAGCAAGAAUCCUGUUAAGUCAGUUUAGCAAGAAUCCCCCUGCACUUGAUGUCUCCUCUUAGUAAUUUUCCAUCCACUGACCCCCUUCACUCUGCUCCUUGGCUACAAUUCCCCAGCUGUCUUUGACAUAUUUGGAGUUGAGCCCCAUCUCUCUCCCCUA